AAGUGGCUCUUAUAUUACUGCGAAGCACACUUUACUGUCAUCUCUCUGUCCUCUCGGCUGAUCUCUCUGCAUUUCUCAAGUGAACAAUGUCUCGGAGGUAUGAUAGCCGUACGACGAUUUUCUCUCCUGAAGGUCGUCUCUACCAGGUGGAGUAUGCCAUGGAGGCCAUUGGGAAUGCUGGAAGCGCCAUUGGGAUUUUGGCAAAAGAUGGUGUUGUUUUAAUUGGUGAGAAAAAAGUGACUUCCAAGCUUCUUCAGACCUCCACCUCAACCGAGAAGAUGUACAAAGUUGACGAUCAUGUAGCUUGUGCUGUGGCUGGUAUAAUGUCUGAUGCUAAAAUCCUUAUUAAUACAGCUCGAGUCCAGGCUCAGCGUUACACUUUUGCUUACCAAGAGCCAAUGCCUGUUGAGCAGCUGGUUCAAUCUCUGUGUGAUACCAAGCAGGGUUACACUCAGUUUGGUGGGCUUCGCCCCUUUGGUGUUUCAUUUCUCUUUGCUGGGUGGGAUAAAAACUACGGUUUCCAACUUUACAUGAGUGAUCCGAGUGGCAAUUAUGGUGGUUGGAAAGCUACUGCAAUUGGAGCAAACAACCAAGCUGCACAGUCGAUGCUGAAGCAGGACUACAAGGAUGAUAUUAGCCGGGAAGAUGCGGUUCAGCUUGUUUUGAAGGUCCUCAGCAAGACUAUGGACAGCACAAGUCUUACUUCCGAGAAGCUUGAAUUGGCUGAAGUUUACCUCACACCUUCUGGAAAAGUCAAGUACCAGGUACACUCUCCAGAAUCCUUGAACAAGUUGUUGGCCAAGUCUGGACUAACUCAACCUACUGCAGAAACCUCUUGAGCUCUGCCAUUUCAUAGUGCAAUUUAUGUGAUCCCAUGUUAUGCUGAAAUUCUGUAAUAUACUCUAUUAUAUUUGACUAGCAUCUUUGCUUAAAUAUUUACAUCGUCUUGAAGGGCGCAUGCUCCACCCGGUAGUUUUUUUGGUUGCUAUAUGAUGUUCAAUUAUUCA